CCAUCUUCCAGUAAUUCGCCAAAAUGACCAACACAAAGGGAAAGAGGAGGGGCACCCGCUACAUGUUCUCUAGGCCUUUUAGAAAACAUGGAGUUGUUCCUUUGGCCACAUACAUGCGAAUCUAUAAGGAAGGUGAUAUUGUAGAUAUCAAGGGAAUGGGCACUGUUCAAAAAGGAAUGCCCCACAAAUGUUACCAUGGCAAAACUGGGAGAGUCUACAGUGUUACCCAGCAUGCUGUUGGCAUCAUUGCAAACAAACAAGUUAAGGGCAAGAUUCUUGCCAAGAGAAUUAAUGUGCAUAUCGAGCAUAUUAAGCACUCUAAGAGCCAACAUAGCUUCCUGAAACGGGUGAAGGAAAAUGAUCAGAGAAAGAAGGAAGCCAAAGAGAAAGGUACUUGGGUUCAGCUGAAGCGCCAGCCCGCUCCACCCAGAGAAGCACACUUCGUGAGAACCAGUGGAAAGGAGCCUGAACUGUUGGAGCCCAUUCCCUAUGAAUUCAUGGCAUGAUGGGUGUAAAGAAAAUAAAAGACAUGGAUUGUAUAAAUGUUUCUCUUAAUUGAAUAGAAGUGUGUGACCCCCUUCCCCAAACAAGCAUUUAAAACACAUUUUAAUUGUGUCUGAAUUCAGUGGGUGACAUCUUUUUACUUUUCAAAUUUAGUGGUUUUUCUUCCUGAAAGAUGUGAGGUAGUUUGUUGUGCAGUAUACUCCAUUGGUU